AUGUCUGGAGGCAUAGCUCGUGGUCGUCUUGCCGAGGAGCGGAAGGCCUGGCGGAAGAACCACCCUCAUGGUUUUGUUGCGAAGCCGGAGACUUUAUCUGAUGGGACGGUGAAUUUGAUGGUGUGGCAUUGCACGAUUCCUGGCAAGACCGGUACUGACUGGGAGGGGGGUUUUUUCCCACUUACCCUUCACUUCAGUGAAGACUACCCUAGCAAGCCUCCAAAGUGUAAAUUCCCACCAGGUUUCUUCCACCCAAAUGUAUAUCCAUCUGGAACUGUUUGUCUAUCAAUUCUUAAUGAGGACAGUGGUUGGAGACCAGCAAUAACCGUGAAGCAAAUUCUUGUGGGCAUUCAGGAUUUACUGGAUCAGCCAAAUCCUGCUGAUCCUGCACAGACAGAAGGGUAUCACCUCUUCAUUCAGGAUGCCACGGAGUACAAGAAAAGGGUUCGGCAGCAGGCCAAGCAAUACCCACCUCUAGUUUAA